AUGGCGCCCGUCGGCCCACGAGUCUCAAAAGAGGAAUUCAUGCACGCGCUGAAUCUUAGUGCGCACAAUCCACAAGACGAGCAAUUCUACCGCGCCAUGCGAGACGAAGCAAUCGUGGUAUACAACCGCAUGAACCAAGACACCUCCCAUCUCCUCGACAGCGUCCGCGCCGACCCAAACACCCGGCCCCCAUUCUUCUGGCACCACAUCCGCCCCGACCACCAGCGGUACGCAAUCAUGGAGAUCUGGCGUAAUGCCAGUACUCUCACGCGACGACUAUUCGAUCUAGGCGGUACUAAUGGCGAGUACGGGCCAAACUGGGUUGCUGGUUGGUUGCUGUAUAGUGUGUUUCGGUCGAGGGAUGUGCGCAAUAAUCGUAAUCGGAGGAAGGGGGAGAGUGGCGCUGUUACUGAUGGGAAAAAACAGGCCGAGGAAACGACUCCGCCGAAGAAAGGGUACUAUGACCCUGUGCGGAAUGGAACGUUGUAA